AUAAAAAUGCAUGGAGAGUGUCUAGACAAAUUGGUUUCCAGUAUUAAAACGGGGCGUGUUUAAAUAUUCUUUGAAUGACAUGGACUUAGGAUAUCCCAUCAUGGGGACAUUCAUUUUACACUACUGUGAUUCUGUAACACCGCUUUGAAAAACAUUCAGCUCGUUAAAUUCUCUUUCAUUGUUGAUACAGUUUGCUCUACGAUUUAGGUGUUUCACCAUUGAACCCACCGUGAAUGGUAUGGAGUAGUUGCCGGUGUCUGAAGACUCUCGUCAUUCAUUGCGUAUUAUUACUGCCAGUCACACAUGUAGUGUGUGUAUUUGUGCAACCAAAGUCAGAGGAGUCGUCGAUACGGUUGUCAGAUAUGUGUACAGUCCCGCAACUAUUUGAGUAUUUGUACGUAAAGUGACAGUAACUCGUCAAGUGGAUAUUUCAUUACAUUACGGAUAUCAUUAAUUACGACUUUGCAAGGUGCAUGUCUCGAAUGACAAGCCGUCACUAUGGCCCAAAUUGGACGAAUAACUUUAGGUGUUCUAGUGACAGUGGUUGGGAUUGUCGUAGAUACAGCAGGUGCAGCUGAUGUGGACAUUGCAAGGUGCAUGAGAGAGUCCAAUGGCAACUGUCUUGAGUGUCAGUACGGAUGGUAUGGGCCUCAGUGUUUGAAUAAAUGUCGAUUUUGCUCGACCACUGGAUGUGAUCAAACAGGGAUAUGUGAACAAUGUCAGGCUGGUAGCUCUGGGAAAUAUUGUAACUCCAGUUGCCCUGAUCACUGCAGACCGGCUAGAGAUAGAAGUGUGAACUGUGAACGGGAUACUGAGAAGUGCCAGGAAGGAUGUAGGCGUGGCUGGUGGGGGGACACGUGUAACCAAGCAUGUAGCACACACUGUAGGGAGGGAGCAUGUCUCCAGAUCAAUGGGGACUGUAUCGGUGAUUGUGAGGAUGGUUGGUGUGGAGUCCAGUGUAUUACAGCAUGUCCACAAGGAUGUGUAAAUAAAAGUUGUUCUUUCCUUGGCAAAUGUUUAGAUGGUUGCAGUGCUGGUCUGUGGGGAGAGGAAUGUGAUAAGACUUGUAGUAAGGCUACCGCAAAGUGCUUCCAGGGUAAUGGCACCCGUACGGGUGAAUGUAAGGACGGAUGGUACGGAUUGCAAUGCGAUACAGUCUGUUCUGUAGGUUGCCUGACGGGGAAAUGUGAUGCGCGAUCAGGGAGGUGCGAAGGUGGAUGCAAAGUAGGUACCUAUGGGGAAACAUGUGAGCGUGAAUGUAGCUUACAGUGUCGGGGUUCCCAGUGUGAUAAUAGUGGAAGGUGUGUGCAAGGUUGUGAGGCAGGGUUUCAGGGCAGCUCCUGCACAGCAGCAUGUCCCUUCAACUGCCUGGCAUGUGAACAAGACACAGAUGUCUGCACAAAAUGUAAAAUAGCAACUCGUUGUCAAUCAGCUCAGUCUGAUAUUUCAGGUAGCAGAUGCUUCCAUAUUGCUACUAUUUUAAUCGAAGCCUCAGUGAUAAUCAGUUUGAUCGGUGAGGUCGUACUGAAUAGAAGCACAUCAUCAGUUUGACCAAACAGAAAGAGGUAUUACAUUCAAGGACUGUUUGGCAGUUGGCAGUUGGCAGUUUCACGAGGCUGUCAACAUCCACAGUAUCAAGGAGAAAGCAAAAUCGCUGCAUUGUGUAUAUCUAUUAAGCUUACCUACUACGUGACUGUUGAUCUCGAAAGAGUGAUCUGUACAUAGUAACUGAACUGAAAAUGUCGUUGUACAUGUCGUUUAUGAGCAUAUCAAAUUCAUAUCAGGUGUCCCGGUGAAGUGGUUAUUCAUUUCAAUGAGAAUGUGUACAUUUACACUUUUUUUUUGUCUGUGUAUUUAUUAUUGUAAGUUGUAGCAGUAAUAGUGUCAACAACGAUCAGUUCUACAUGCAAGAAGUUCCAUCCGUCGUGAAAAAAACUGUUCCAUGGGAAUAAUUCCCCUAGAGAAAUAGAGUACAAAGAAAUGGUUUCACUGCAGGAAUGAACAAUUCUUUGACGGUAGCGCAUAUCAAUUAUGUGUAUUGCACAUACGGCCGAAGCCCAAAUUCAUAUUAUGCACGUUUGCACAUGUUAGAUGUUGGUAUACCAGUUUCUGCUUUUCACAGCUACAUUGAAAAUAUCGAAACGUCGCAGCUCGUUUAGUUAAACAGUUGACUUAUCUACUGAUUCAUGGAUAAGAUAUUUACUGGGUAUAUACUCCCUUAAAACGUUUUCUAAUCGAGGGGCAAAUACACAGGACAUGAAACAAGUCCUCAGUGAGGUUUACAGCGGGAACACAGGCGAUGGGAGUAGGGCGCCCGACAUCUUUAUUCAUUUGACUUGCAAUUCGAGUACGAACAAAACAAUUUGCAAAUUAUACAAAAAUGAGUAAGCUGUAAGAUAAUUGUGUUAUAGUAAUAGCUGUUACUAUUAACUGUAUAUAUGUAUCAUAUGUACAUACUAGACCAUUCCUUGAGGAAUAUAUAUGUUCCAGUGAUGUAGUCUCGAUAUCAAGAAGUAAAAGUUCUGACCACCAUAGCAAAGUGCGUUACAUCGAACAUCUCUUUUUAAAGGGCACAUAUUAUCUUUCAUAUUUUUGCCUUUAUGUAUUCUUAUUGAUGAAUAAUUUGAUUGUUUACAUGUGUAUACAUCGUAAGUGUAGAAGAGAACAAUUCAACAGUUUCACCUUUAUAACUUAUUGAACAUUCAUAGUAUAAUCUCUACCCAUCGAUAUGUGCUACGUUAUGUGUUAUAGUCUUCUAUAUUUAAGACGCGAAUCUACCGUUACCAAUAUGUAUUAUACUGGAAGAUCUAGACGUUGUAAGAUUAUUGUGUCUGAAUAUUUUAGCUAUUUUGUUCCAUUCAUUUUAACAACCUGUUAAUAGUCAAUGGAAUAAAUGGCAAUGAAUGUAUAUACAAAAUUAAAGGUUUAC